AUGGCGUUUCACGAGCGCAAUUUCGAGCAUACCUCAUCAGAUUUGCCUGAUAAUACAGGAUAUGAGAUGGCUCCAGAUGCCUUGAACCAUUAUGUGGACAUACCCUGGAGACAAAUGCAACCCGAAUGGCUACAAGUCGGCCCAACCACCGUUAAUCGUUCGUACGAUGUCGCCGACUCGCGAAUUGAUCUCGGGUCCCAGUGGCUGAGCUCACAUGACACUCGACAAUACACGCAUGGCUCUUACAACGCGUUCCGUCAUGGGCUAUCCGCCUCCCAAGGUCAUGUAACCGGGGAGCAAUCAAGCUCUAAUCAACCAUUCGAAAACGGAUACAAUUUCGCAUCUCAGGUCUCGGCUACACGCCGUCAGGCUGGACCCGGCCCCAGCUCCAACACCCAAAUCAACACGUGGGAUUCUCAUCUUGAUAUGACGAUCGAAGCGGGGCAGAUAAUGCAACAGCAGAAAGUUCUACCGAGCAGAACAUACAGAUGCCUUUGGCAAGGUUGUCGGUACACUGGCACGUUUCGUCGCAGCGCCGAACUGAGGCGGCACGUCGACACGCAGCACAUUGCCCCAAAGUCGUACAUAUGUCCAGUCUCAGAUUGUGGUCGACCAUACAACCGAGGAGAUAAUUUGAAUGAACAUUUGCGACGAGCUCAUGGAUCGAAUUUCUAA